CCAAAUGUUUCCCUCCGGAUCCUUUACGUCACCGGAGCAGCAUGGAGGCACGACACCGCUGUAGAAAUGAAUGGAUGAGAAGUGUGUGUUCGUGUUGACGCUGUAGAAAUCUUCUCGUGGGGAUGUUGUGAUCAGAUAAACUCACAAACACACAAACACGAUGGAGUGCGACAUUCUGGACUCGCUGGAGCAGCUGGGGUAUGACGGGCCCCUGCUGGAGGAGGAGGCGCUGCUCCGGGCCGCAGAGGGAGGCCUGUCCUCGCAGGAGUAUGUGGAGCUGUGCCGGUGGUUAGCAUCCAGGCUGCAGUCGCUGUGUGGGCUGGAGGAGACAAUCACAUCCGGUCCAGACGACAUGGACGGCCUCCAGGUUGAGCUGAGCGGUUUGCUGAAGGAGUUGCACUGUCCCUACGAAGAAGCCGUGUCGGGGAUUCUCAAGGGCGCCGUGCGAAACACGAAAGAUCAUCUCAAGUUUUUGUUGUUUCUCAGCUCCGAGCUUCAGACCGCUCAGAUUGUGAGGAGCAGACAAGUCUCAGAUAAACAUCAGGAUGGGAAUCCGGUGUCUCAGCACGUUUCAGCAAUCUGUGAGACGCUGAAGCUGCCAGAGCCCAGAGAAGCAGACGCAGAGGGAAUCUUCUCCCAAAUACAAAACACGGUUGAUAAACUUAUUAAAGAUCUUCCAAAUGGCUCCAUUGGAAGUCCAGUUCUGAACCAGUGUCUGAGCGCUGAACAGUGGGCGAAGUUGCACGGCAUCAACACGGUCCUGUGUUCAGAGUACGAGUGUCGGCGCAGGAUGCUGAUUAAGCGACUCGACGUCACAAUUCAGUCGUUCGGAUGGUCAGACAGAGCUAAGGUGAAGGUGGACAACAUGGCGAGGGCCUAUCAGCCUAAGAGACACUCUCUGAGGCCACAGUCCGAUGUGGACAUGUCCAAGCUGCUGGCUGCCAGAGAGGACAUCUGCAAUGUGGUGAAGACGAGCAGUGGCUCCAGCAGAGACAAAACCACUUGUGCCGUCAACAAGGUCCGGAUGGGCCGAGUGCCAGACCGAGGAGGACGUCCCUCAGAGAUCGAAGCCCCACCUCCCGAGAUGCCACCCUGGAAGGAAAGACAAGUUGGCGGAGGAGGCUGGGGAGGACGUGGUGGCAGAGAAGGUGGAGGAGGAGGCUGGGGACACGGAGGAAGAGGUGGAGGUGGUUGGAGAGGCAGUGGAUGGAACCAUGGAGGUCAUGGAGGGAAGAGAGGACGGUACUAGAAUUCAUUUUCUACAUAUGUUUUUUUUUUUUAUGAGAUGAUUUAUUCAUAUGAACUGAAUCCUGCUUUCUGAGUUUUUAUGGACGAGGAGCGUUUCUAAAAACGAAAGUGACUUGUCAUCAUUCGGAGACAAAUCUUCCUCGACUGAUGAAGUCAAAUGCUCCUUUUUUCACUUAAAUCAGUGUUUAAAUUUGAUAUUGAAAGAAAACGAUGAAUCUUUAUCAUGAACAAGUGUUUUUAACUGACGAUGAUCAUAUCUGAAAUCCCUGAUGUUGGAAAGCACUUCGAUUUUUUUUUUCGUAAAGAAUUAUUUUUGAAAGAAAAAGACAUUGAAGGCAAAUGUAGAUGUAAGUCGAGGAAAAUGUGAAAGAUUGGACUAGAACAGGAGUUUCAGCAUCUGACUCCUGCUGUAGUUCCACUGUGACAUCUUGAAGUGUCUCCUCUGUUAAGGAUCAACUAAAUAUCAAUUCUUACCUCAAAGAAUCCUUAUCAGCUCUACACACGACUUUUUUUUGUUACUGGAUUUGUAAAGAAAAAAUAAAGACCAAUGAUGCAACCUU